AUGAUGGACUAUAUAAAACGACGAUUCUCUUUAGAAGAUCUUCAAAAUGAAUCAACUGAUACUAUAAUGACGCGAUCAACAUUACUUGAUUCUCAUAUGAAUAUUCCAUCUCGUCAAUCAAUAUUGGAAUCAAAAUUAAUACCAUAUAGAAAUGUAUCAAGGCAUUCCGCUGGAAAUAUUCUAUAUCCUAAUCCAUUUUCAAAUAUUGGAAAAGAUGCUGUUAAUCAACAAACUGGAAUAGAACUCAGAUCAUCACAAUCAAUAUUGAAAGAAAAAUCAAAAUUAUUAUUUGUUAUUGAUGAUGAACAAAUCGAUUGGAGUAAAUAUUUUCAAAACAAAAAAAUUUUUGCUGAUUAUGAUAUUCAUGUUGAACAGGCACAAUUUAAAGAAAUAAAUCUAUCUGCUUAUUCUGAUGGUGGAAUUUUAAUUAAUAUAGAUGUUUAUCGAAAUGGAAAACAUAUUGUUCGAUCUUUUUGCCCAGAUUUUGUACUUGUUCGACAAUAUGUAAUAGAUAUUAAUGUUGAUUGGAUAAAUAUUAUUCUUGGAAUGCAAUAUGGAGCUGUACCAAGUAUAAAUUCAAUGAGAGCUUUAUAUAAUUUUCGAGAUAAACCUUGGAUUUUUGCAGAAUUACUCAAGAUUCAACAACGCUUAGGUGCGGAACAGUUUCCAUUAAUAAAUCAAGUUUUUUAUCCAAAUCAUCGAAAAAUGUUUAUUUCACCACAAUUUCCAUCUGUAAUUAAAAUUGGUCAAGCUCAUCAGGGUUUAGGAAAAAUUAAAAUUGAGAAUUCAUAUGAUUAUCAUGAUUUAACAAGUAUUAUUUCAAUGAGUAAAUGUUAUUCUACAAUUGAACCAUAUAUUAAUGGACAAUGUGAUAUUUAUAUACAAAAAAUUGGCAAUAAUUAUAAAGCUUUUAGUCGAAAAUCAUUAAGCGGUAAUUGGAAAGCAAAUAUCGGUUCAUCUAUAGUUAAACAAAUUGAAAUGACUGACAGAUAUCAUUUAUGGAUUGAUGAAGUAAGUCAAUUGUUUGGCGGACUUGAUAUAUGUGCUAUUGAAGUAAUUAAAUCAAUAAGUGGAAAAGAAUAUAUUAUUGAAAUAAAUGAUUGUACUAUGCAAUUAUUAAAUGAAACACAAGAAGAAGAUUGUCGAUCUAUUGCCGAAUUGAUUAUGCAUAAAAUGCAAAUUUAUUGUCGACCUGAUCAACAACUAUCGAUUUUAACACGAAUACCAAGUUUUGAGGAGUUACCAAAACUUCCGCAAAAUAAUGAAUUUAAAAUUAAUCAAAAUGAAAAAAUUCGACAAAAAUCGAAUACUACUAAUACUCAAGAUACACUUACUAAUUUAAAAAAAGUAUUUGCUAGAAUUUUCAGCGAUAUAAUCUCGUGA